AUGACAACUACUGCCGGGCCUAACGGGCAGUCCAAGCCCUCCGCAUUGACAUUUGAGCGGCACGCAAAGUGCUCGACCACAAAAGCUCGCGCAAGCACACUUCACCUCCCCCAUGGCUCUGUCCCUCUACCGAUCUUCAUGCCUGUCGCCACACAGGCAUCUCUCAAAGGCCUGACAUACGACCAGCUACGAGAUACGGGAUGCAUGCUUUGUCUGAAUAAUACAUACCAUCUUGGAUUAAAGCCAGGACAAGAAGUUUUGGACUCGGUUGGCGGGGCGCACAAGCUGCAGGGAUGGGAUCGCAAUCUUUUGACCGAUAGUGGAGGUUUCCAGAUGGUGUCUCUGCUUAAAUUGGCUACCGUGACUGAAGAAGGCGUACGGUUUCUCAGCCCACAUGACGGAAAGCCUAUGCUUCUUACUCCUGAACACUCUAUUGGUCUUCAGAAUUCUAUUGGCUCAGAUAUCAUUAUGCAAUUAGACGAUGUGAUUGCUACUACGUCUCCGGACCAUGCCCGCAUUAAAGAGGCCAUGGACCGCUCCGUACGGUGGUUGGAUCGGUGCAUCGCUGCGCACAAAUACCCCGAAAGGCAAAACCUCUUUUGUAUUAUUCAGGGAGGGCUAGAUCUGGAGCUGAGAAAGCAGUGUUGUGAGGAAAUGGUGGCUCGAGAUACUCCAGGAAUUGCCAUUGGUGGUUUAUCAGGAGGUGAGGAUAAGUCAGAGUUUUGCAAAGUUGUGGACACAUGCACUGGACUUCUUCCCGAACACAAGCCUAGAUACGUAAUGGGAGUGGGAUACCCCGAAGAUAUUGUUGUAGCAGUCGCUCUUGGAGCGGAUAUGUUCGAUUGUGUGUGGCCUACACGAACUGCGCGCUUCGGCCAAGCAAUUGUCUCAUCUGGCACAAUGAACCUUCGCAAUAAGAUCUUUGCGUCCGACUUUUCUCCGAUCGAAGAGGGUUGCACAUGCACGUGCUGUCUGCCUACUGAAAAAGGAGGACUCGGACUUACCAAGGCCUAUAUGCACCAUGUGACGGCGAAAGAGACCGUCGGUGCCCAUCUUCUUACUAUCCAUAAUGUGCAUUAUAUGUUGACUUUGAUGGGGAGAUUGCGACAAGCUAUCAUCGAAGACCGAUACCCAGCUUUCAUUCGCGAGUUCUUCUCCAAGAUCUACCAGGGUGACAAGUCAAAGUACCCCGAGUGGGCCGUUGGUGCACUGAAGGGCGUCGGAUUGGACCUGUUGGCGGAUUAG